AGCGGAGCGCCGGUCGCCGGCCGGCCCACUGCGACCAGGCGCGCUACUCUAGGCGCACACCGUGAUCGGCCACCGGAGGACCCUGCCGACGAUAACCACCCGCGACUUCCUUUUAACUCCCCCCGCCGGGUAGCAACCACCACUGUCGGCCUGCUCGACCUCGACACUGCCCUCCUUUCAAUUCUUCAAAUCAGUCGAAGUUGGUGCGAUCUCACGGACAUUGCCUGCCCGUUCGAGAGCUUGCUGCAAAGCGGCCUUCAAAGCAGAGCCAGAAGCAACUCUUUGCGACGCCCGUGCAUAACUCGGGGCUCCCCGCCGACCACCAACGCAACAGCAACAAUGUUCUCCAGGACACUUGCCUCGCGGUCGGCCUCGGUGGCCUUGACUCGCCGCGUCGCCCAUACAAGGACCGCCGCGCGUCUGUCGGCAGCGAGGGCGUUCUCGACCCCUUCGUCUCCUGUAUGGCAAGGCGGGCUCAAGGACCUUCUCUACGUGUCUGAAGAAGUCACCGAUGCCAUUGCCACCAACAAGCCUGUCGUCGCUCUCGAGUCCACCAUCUACACCCACGGUGCUGUCGAGGACCUGGGUCUUGAGGAGAUUGUCCGGGCCAACGGUGGUGUCCCCGCCGUGGUUGGCAUUCUCGACGGUGUCCCGUCUGUGGGACUGUUGCCGCACGAGAUCGAUCGCAUGUGUCAGGGUUCGGCAAAGAAGGUCUCCCGCAGGGAUGUUGCCUUCAUGGUCGGCAAGGGUCUCAUGGGUGAGAAGAUGAAUGGUGGCACGACCAUUUCUGGCACCAUGUUGCUUGCACGCCUCGCGGGCAUCCGGGUAUUUGGCACAGGUGGUCUUGGUGGCGUGCACCGAGGCGGUCACAACAGCAUGGACGUGUCCGCGGAUCUUACAGAGCUCGGUCGGACUCGUGUGGCGGUCGUGUGCAGCGGCUCGAAGGGCUUCUUGGAUAUCCCAAGGACUCUGGAGUAUCUUGAAACCCAGGGCGUCCCUGUGGCGACCUUCUCCGACAACGGGGCGCCCAAGGUUGACUUUCCCGCUUUCUGGGCGCGUGAGAGCGGCAUCAACAGCCCCUCGGUCGUGUACAACGUACAGGAAGCUGCCGCCAUGAUCCUAGCCCAGGAGCGCCUCAGCAUUGAGACGGGGCUUAUUUUCGCUUCACCGAUCCCUGAAGAGUACUCCAUUCCCAGAGACGAGAUGAACAGCAUCAUUGACCAAGCCGUCAGAGAGUCGAAUGAGCAGGGCGCCCAUGGAAACGAGAACACCCCAUUCAUCCUCAAGAGGAUAAAAGAGCUCACAAAUGGCCGCAGCGUGCCAGCCAACAAGGCACUUGUCCAGUCCAACGUCGAUCGGGCAGCCAAGAUUGCCACCGCUAUUUCGCAGAUGGUCUCCGGAGAUAUUGUACUACCUGUGAAGCAGGUGAAGUCAACUAGCCAGAGACCUGUAGUACCGCCAAAUGCCGCCGCAGUCCAACCAGAGGCAUCACCUAAGCCCGCCCAUGCCGAUAUCCUGGUCGCUGGUUCAGUGGCUGUAGAUCUGAGUUGCGAUUACACCAGUGGGAAUGCAGACAGCUCGCCUGCACCAAACUUGCACACAUCUAACCCGGCUCAAAUCAGCCAGUCCAUCGGCGGCGUCGGGCGCAAUGUCGCUCUCGCAGCCCACAGGGCAAACAGUGAAAGCAGAGUCAAACUUUGCAGUCUGAUCGGUGACGACUUAGCUGGCUCUACAGUCCUUACUUCACUCGAAUCAUGUGGUAUGGACACUUCCUUGGUCAGACGACUAGACGGCCAGCAGCACCCAGGAAACAGGACCGCGCAAUACGUCGCGGUCAACGAUGCCAACAAGAACCUCGUCAUGGCCAUGGCAGACAUGGGCAUCUUCACGGCUCAAUCCUUCCCGGCCCACUGGCACGAGAUCAUCUCGACAGAGUCACCGAAAUGGCUCGUCGUCGAUGCAAACUGGUCCGACAUCGACAUCCGCUCCUUCCUCACCGCCGCGAAGGACAACAAGACGACCGCACAAGUUGCCUUUGAGCCCGUUUCCCUCGAAAAGUCUACACGGUUGUUCUCCGGCACGAAAUCGCUCGCGCCGCUCCGCGUCUUCCCCAACGCAAGCGUCCACCUAGCCUCGCCAAAUCAGUACGAGCUCAAGGCGAUGCACGACGCCGCCCAGGCCAAUGACUACUUUGAGUCGCAAAAGUGGUGGGACGUGCUAGAUGCCUUUGGCCUGCAGGGGGCGCGGGACAAGUUUGUCGCCCUGACGUCUGCCGAGAUCACGGACACGGGCAUCCCGCAGCAGAUUGUCCGCCUGCUGCCGUACAUCCCGACCAUCAUCACCAAGAUGGGCAGCAAGGGCGCGCUGCUCGCCUCGGUGCUCCCGCGCGAGGACCCGAGGCUCUUCGACGCCGCGCACGAGCCGUACAUAUUGUCCCGAAGCAACAGCAGCCCCGAGCACUACACGCAGGUCGGCGGGCUGUACAUGCGCAUGUUCCCGACGGUGGAGACGGUGGCAGAGCAGGACGUUGUCAGCGUCAAUGGCGUGGGGGACACUUUCCUCGGCGUGCUGGUCGCCGGGCUCGCACAGGGUGGCAAGGUCGAGGAUCUGGUUGACGUUGCGCAGAAGGGUGCCGUGCUGACGCUCAAGAGUGCCGAGAGCGUGAGUCCGAAGCUUGGGGAGAUUGAGAGAGAGCUGAGGUAUCUGUCUUCAUUGGGGAGGCGGUGAUUUUGCUUGGCAUGUGUCUGUUACGGAUACGGUAUGAAAUAGUGGUGAGAUUCUGAUGCGAGGCUCUUCACUAUAUAACUCUUAGAAAGGGGGGGGGGGGCAAUUGGCUCGAUACCAAGCUGUUCCCAUCUCCACGAACCUGGGAGCUGGAAGCUUGCGUGCCUGUCGAUGGGGCAGUCGUUCCUUCGAGAAUGGCUCUAGGACAAAGUCAGCCCACUAGCGUUUUGCGCAGCAAGUAUGAGAAAAAAGUCGCAUGUUCG